AUGUUACGAGCCACCGUUCAGAACAUCUCCUCGUGACUGAACAUCUCCUCACGACAGUUAUCUAGCAAGCACCAGAACUCCUACCGGCUAUGGCGCCCAUAACCUCCCGCUGGCGCGACAUAAUCUACCUCAUCUUCUUCACCAUCCAUAUCCCCGUCAUGUUUUGCGUGGACCUCUACCCUCUCUACCCAACCAGCCUACGCCCGGCGUUCUUAGACAAUAUCCGCCGCUUCUACAUCGAAACGUACUACGACCAGAAUUUCGUCACGCCCGCGGCGUGGUUCACGUUGUACAUGUGGAUGGAGUUUCUGUAUCAUGUUCCGCUGAGCGUGUGGGCGAUUGGGGCUUUGUUGCGCGAUGACUCAAAGCUGCCGAUACACCUCCUCAUCUUUGCGGUGCAGACGGCCAUCACGACGAGUACCUGUAUUGCGGACUAUCUCAGUUGGAGUACUAUUAGUAGUGCUCAGAAGGUUGAGUUGGGAAAGCUUUAUGUGCCGUAUCUGGCCCUAUCCGUCUUCAUGGGCGUCGACAUGUAUGCGAGGCUCAAUGCAGCACUAGGUCCCAGGAUUACGAGCAAUGCUGGUAAGAAGGCAGCGUGAUACCAUAUCUCGUUCGCAGUCAUGCUCUGUUAACAACACCGAGAGUACAAUACGUUCUGUCAUACAUUGGGUAUCAUAUAUCAUGUUCGUAUCCCAAGGACUCCCUACCUAGCUCCAGCAUCCGACCAUGGACCAG